AUGGCCAAAAAUUUAAAAAAUAAAGUUGUUGUGAUAACUGGUGGGGCAACUGGCAUUGGUUACGAAAUAGCAGAUAGAUUUCUUAGCAAAGGAGCUAAAAUCAUUAUAAUUCUGGAUAUAAAUGAAGAGGAAGGCAAAAGUGCUACAAAGAAGUUAAAUGAUAAGUAUGGAAGUAGCAGAUCAGUUUUCUACAAAUGUGAUGUUACAUCCGAUGUUGAUAGCACUUGGACUAUGUUAAAGGAUACAUAUGAAUGUAUCGAUGUUUUUGUUAAUAAUGCUGGCAUUGUAAAUGAAAAAAUACCAAAGAAAGCUAUCGAUAUAAAUGUCACCGCACUGAUAGAUUGGUCUUUAAAAUUCUGGGAAUACCACCGAACGGAUAAGUCAAACAACGGCGGAACCAUAAUAAACUUAGCUUCAAUAUACGGGUUUAGGGUUGAUCAAUUUAUACCUGUCUAUCAGGCUACAAAAUUUGCAGUUAUGGGCUUUACAAAGGCGUUGGGCCACGAAUACAAUUUUAAAAGAACAGGAGUUAGGGUUGUCGCAAUUUGUCCAGGUUUUACUAAGACAAAUCUCACUCAAAACCUCUCAACAUUUGAUGAAGAAACUAAAAGAGAUAGCCAAGCAUUUUUAAAUGAUCAACAGUGGCAGACAGUUGAUGCUGUGGGUUCUGCUGCAAUUGAAGUAUUUGAAAAUGCAGCAAGUGGUAGGGUUAGAAGGUAA